GGGGGGGCGGGGCCGGCGCUGGCGCGGGGAGAGAGCGGCCGGAGCGGCGCCAUGGACAGCCGGCGCUGAGGCGGCGGGGCGGACGGCUUUCCCCCCCGGCGGCUGAGGCAGCGAGCGAGGCCCGGAGGGAAGGAGGCCGAGCGAGCGAGGGAGCGUGAGGCGAGCGGGCCGGCCAUGGAGCGGGGAGCCGGGGCCGCCCUGUGGCUGUGGGCGCUGCUGGCGGCGGGCACCGGGGCGGCGGGCGUCGGGCCGAGAGUUUACACCAAUACCUGGGCCGUGCAGGUGGCGGGCGGGCGGCAGGAGGCGGAGCGGCUCGCCCGGCAGCACGGCUUCAUCAACCUGGGCCAGAUUUUCGAUGAUUACUAUCAUUUUCGGCAUCAAGGGGUAGUGAAACGAUCAUUGAAUCAGCACGUUCACCAUCACAACAAACUGCAGCGGGCACCCCAGGUCAAAUGGCUGGAACAGCAAGUAGUAAAAAGAAGAACAAAGCGGGAUAUUUACACAGAACCAAAUGACCCCAAGUUUUCACUGCAGUGGUACCUGCAUAAUUCAAAUCAUCGGGACCUAAAUGUGCAAGACGCCUGGAAGCAAGGUUAUACAGGGAAGGGUGUGGUAGUCUCCAUCCUGGAUGAUGGAAUUGAGAAGAAUCACCCAGAUUUAGAAGAUAAUUAUGAUCCUGGUGCCAGUUAUGAUGUGAACAAUAAUGACCCUGAUCCCCAGCCUCGUUACACACAGCUCAAUGAUAACCGACAUGGAACACGAUGUGCUGGGGAAGUGGCUGCUGCUGCUAACAAUGAGAUUUGUGGAGUGGGGGUGGCAUAUAAUGCCAGAAUAGGAGGCGUGCGGAUGCUGGAUGGAGAGGUGACUGAUGCUGUGGAAGCCCAGUCUCUCAGCAUGAAUCCUCAGCACAUUGACAUCUAUAGUGCCAGCUGGGGUCCAGAAGAUGACGGAAAGACAGUAGAUGGACCUGCUAAGCUAGCACAGGCAGCCUUUUUUAAAGGCAUUACUCAGGGACGUCAGGGUCUCGGCUCGAUUUUCGUCUGGGCCUCUGGAAAUGGCGGCCGGGAGCGGGACAGCUGUAACUGUGAUGGAUACACAAACAGCAUUUAUACCUUGUCAAUCAGCAGCACAACUCAAAAUGGGAAUGUGCCAUGGUAUAGUGAGGCAUGCUCCUCAACACUUGCUACCACAUACAGCAGUGGAGGGCAAUUUGAAAAGCAGAUUGUUACCACUGACCUCAGACAGAAGUGCACAGAGUCACACACAGGAACCUCUGCCUCUGCUCCUCUUGCUGCUGGAAUCAUUGCCCUUGCACUGGAGGCAAAUAAAAAUCUCACCUGGCGUGACAUGCAGCACCUUGUAGUACGUACAUCCAAACCAGCCCACCUCUCCUCCAACGACUGGAUUACAAAUGGAGUUGGCCGCAAAGUCAGUCACUCCUAUGGGUAUGGACUACUUGAUGCUGGAGCUAUGGUUGCAUUAGCUAAAAACUGGACAAGUGUUGGAGCUCAGCGGAAAUGCGUCAUUGUUAUCACCUCUGAGCCAAAGGAAAUCGGAGACCGAUUGGAGAUACGGAAGAGUGUUGAUGCAUGCCUUCAAACUCCAAACUUUAUUCAGUCCUUAGAACACGUGCAGGCAAGGAUCACACUAUCAUAUAACAAGCGUGGAGACUUGGCUAUAUACCUCACCAGCCCAAAGGGGACAAGGUCAACGCUGUUGGCACCAAGGCAACGUGACUACUCAUCUGAAGGAUUCACAGACUGGGCAUUCAUGACAACACAUUCAUGGGAUGAAGAUCCAUCUGGCGAAUGGGUUCUAGAGCUGGAGAAUAUGUCUGGUCUAAAUAAUUAUGGAACCCUGAGACAAUUUACACUGGUCCUUUACGGUACAGCACCAGUUAACCAUGAUCAGCUGAAAGUCACCAAUAUCACACUUCCUGCCAACUGCAAGACACUGAACUCUCAACAUGUGUGUGUGGAAUGUAAAGACGUAUUUUUUCUGCACCAACAAAGCUGUGUGGAAAAAUGUCCGCCUGGUUUCUACAAAGGAGUCAUUGAUGGUCCCCUAGUAAACAACGACGUAUCUGCGAAGGUCUUGGCCUGCCUGCCUUGUCAUGCUUCUUGCCGCACGUGCAAUGGCUUUACUGCCAAUCAUUGCCUUUCCUGCCUUCCGCAUUCACACCACAAUGAAGUUGAAUUGAGCUGCUCACCCCAGAUGCAAGUCAGCAGAGAGUCACCCCUGGAGGAUGAGGAAGCUGUGGAGCCUUUAACUGGGUCCCACGUACCUGUAUGGUUUGCGUUGACCAUCUGUGCCUUUAUUAUAAUGGUUUUUUUUAUAAUAUUCAUCGUUCUUCAGGUCAGAUCAGGAUUCCAGUUCAGCAAGGUGAAGGUCUACACUCUGCAGAAUGGGAAAGGGAUUAUAUCUUACAAAGGAAUUUCUGAUGCUUGGAAGGACGGGGAUUUAUCCGAAUCGGAUUGCGACGAAUUUGAUGUUGAGGGCCAAAGUGAGAGAAUGGCUUUUAUAAAGAAAAUACAAAGUGUCCUCUAAUCUUUUUUCAAAGCAUCCUCUAACUAAUGAAGGGUUAUGUGUCUAUCACUUUCAUGGACUUCAGGGAAAGGUGUCUUUAGGGGACAAGAAAUCCACACACUCGCUUUUAUCUGGAACAUGGGUAUUUGAAACUGGGCAUGGUCCCUUGUAGCUGAACUGUUAAUACUGGAAACUGGGCAUUUUUCACAGCUCUUAACUGAGGUAGGUUACAGACUUCACCUCCUUGCGGGAUAUGGUCAGAAAGAGUGAAUGGUAAUGAUAGGAAAUCCCAAAAUUGUGUAUCAAAUUGAAAAGUGAUCUGGAUAAAUUCAAGUCAUUAAAUUAUGAGGAAUUUUUCUUACAGUUUAGAAAAUUUUUGGAAAAUAAUUUUAAUCACAUUGAUUGAAAAAUACAGAAGUCUUUCUAAUAUUUGAUAGUGUUUUUGUGCUGUAGCAAUAGUGACAGUUUCAAGCGGUAACAUUUUUGCACUUUAAAAAAAAAUUAAAAAUUCCAUCCCUUAAAACCCUCACUAGACUGUGGCUGAAGUUGGAAGUAUCUUUCUUUCUAACUUCCCUCUGAUCCAUCAGGUGAAACACCACGCAUUAUGGUGUUCAUGCAUUGAAACUCCGGGUCUGUGCUGAAUUCAGGCUGGCCACUGGGGGCUUGGGAAGGAAACAGUCAGAACUGCUCCUGCUGAAAGUGCAUGUGGAUGCGAGUAGAGUUUGAUCUGAUCCAACUCAUCUGAUAGCACUUCCUACAAAGAUUGGCACUGAAGGCACCUGCAGUACUGUUUCCCCGCUGUUAUCAGGGAUGGGGAGUAUUCCUCCACAGCACCUUCAGCUUCCAGUGGAGCUUGGGCAACGGCAAUUUUUGAGAUCAGAGAUCAAAGGGUUGGGCAGAAAAUCAAAAAUUUUCAUCCAUGCACUUGGGUAUGAUUUUGAGAGUAGUGCAAUGUGUGGCCAGAGGGGUUUUGUUAAUCCCCAAGGAGGAACAUAUCACUUUGGACACCCAGAAUGCCACCUCACUAAUAUUCAUUGCACACCUUGCAAGUUUCUGAGGUGUUGAUGCAAAUCUCCUCAAAAGCACUUUGUAUAAAUGUCAAUCCCUAAAUUUUCAAAUAGUACCUAUUAUUUUCUUUGAAGGAUUGGUAAUAAGCAUAUAGUUUAUGGUUUGUCUGGGAAAGAAAUUGCUCGUAUAGUUGGCCAACAGAGCAAAGUUGAGCAGGUUUAAAUUGAAUGUUAAUGUAAUUAAAAUGGUGGGGUCCCCAUUUUCUUAACUUUUUCAGUAAGUUAGAUAUUCAGGAAUUAUACACCUGUUUCUUCGUUGAACCACACUCUUCUAAAUGUGCAACAUUCUGAGGAGAUAUUGUUAAGGCAUCUCUGUCAUCUAAAGGAAAUAUUCCUGACAGAUGACAAAGUGGGUUAGAUGCUUUUUCACUUUUGGUACUCCAUCCAGAUACGUCUCAAAAGAAUGGAGUUGCCCUCUUGUUGUAAGAAUCUUAUUUAAUGCAAGUUUGUCUGCUCUCCACUUAACUUCAAGAGGACAGGUACAGUGCAUAAAGUGCUCUUAAUUUGCUAAAUGUUCAGCAUGAUUUGGAGGUCAUAAACUGUUGUAGAAAAUGGAGAAGAAUGUUGCAAGAAAUGCUUGUUCUGGAGCUGACAUGAAUUAACAGUGUGAAGGCAGUGGAACUCCCUUCAGUACCUAACCUGUACUCUACGUACCAUGUGAGUGUUUGACAGGACAGUGUUAGAGGAAACUUUACCCCAUGUCUCAGUGCUGUAUUUGCCCUCAUGGCAAAGACCGCCCACAAUGUCAGGCUGUCCACUUGGGAACCUUUCUCCUCAGUCUGAACAUGUUCACAAAUUUGUGCCUAUUGAUGGAGAGUCACAAAAUGAAGCCUUUGAGAUGCCCUGUACAGUUUUGUAGUGCUUCUACCUCAUUAAGUUUAAACAACACUUUUCCCCAUUUACCAUUCGUGCCUCCUGGCCUGAGAGAAUUAGCUUAAAGUUGUGGCAAAUAGCUGUGAAAAAUGUUUAUCCUCUGAGCAAAUACAAUGAGCACAAAACAUCACUGGGUUUGGGUGAGGGUAAAUGUCUCUUUCAAAGUGUGGUUAUUAAACUGAAAUGGGAGUUCAGAACUUUGGGGCAAAGAAGUUCCCAAAUCAUCACAUCCUUCUCAGGGUGAUUCACUGAUGACACCAACAGUUCCUUCAGUGAAGCAAGGGCAUUGUCUCAGAAUUUUUUUUAAGUUGCAUUAUUCUUGGUUUUAUAAUGUAUCAGUGAUAAUGAAUGAGGCUGAUAAAUUAUUUAACAUUUGAAAGUUGGAAGAGUUGGUCACAAAAUCUUAUUACUUUGCUGAAUCUGCUGGAGGUGCCUGUGUGAAGUAUAGUUAAUGCUUUGUUUGCAAGUGAAGUCUUCGUCAUUAUUUCUGGCUUGUCACGAGGCUUGUUUAAAAUACUUGCAUUGAUAUGGUGCAGAACAAAAUCAAAUUUAGCCCAAUCCUCCCAAUUAUCCUCCCACUGUUAACCAAGACACUGUUCCCUGUAGCACCGUAUCCUGGUGUUUCAAAGUUUACUGUCUUGAAAGACUAAAGCUACAUUUAACGCACAAGCAGGAAGACUGUAUCCCCUUUGCAUUUCACACACUUAACGGACUUCGCCAUGGUCUGAGGGGAAAUUAUGCCAUUUAUUGUUGAGUUCUAAUGAUACAAAUUAUUACAGGUUUCACCUGAAUUAAUUGGGCAUUUCACUGAUUUCAAAUUCAUCAGUUGUCAGGGUGUUGGAGGGCGAUGGGUGGAAAGAUUUGAAAGCACAAGUUGCCGGGGAUGGAGAGAAUUUAGAUGGACUCCAAAGCUGGAAGUUUCCCUUUAUUUAACUGGGGUGGGGAAAUAUUUUUGCACAUGGGGUAUUAAAUUUUAUUCUGCAGGAUAACUUUGCAAAUUGUGAGUCAUGUCUUCAGUGAAACAUUGUGCUUGUACUUUGUUCUGACCAGCCAAAUGGAGUGACGUGAGAGGGGUUCUGUUGGACCCUGUUUGAUGGUGAACUAUGAGCUGUGCAAUAGAAGCCCUGUCCUCAAUUGACCAAAGCCAGUGCAUUAGUUGGGCUCCUACAUCCAGCCUCAGCACUGUUCCAUCAGGGAAAUUGAAGAGUCUCCCAAAGUUCCUGCUCCUGAUUGGUAUCAGUGACCUGGUUUAAAUGUGUACAUGUGGACAAUGGGGGGGAUGGGUCCAAACCUAACUGUGGGCUCUUUCCCAGUUAAUUCGCUGGCCUUUCACAUGUAGAAGGGCCAUUUGAUGGGUUCUGCAGGACAGUCUAGUUGUAUGGCCAUAACCCAUGAAAAACUAACACAUUCAGAAGCCAUGGGAUUGCAUUGCAGGAUGAAAGUCACUUUACUGGCUUUUGUGCAAACUGUGUUGACUAGCUGGGGUUACAACUACAGCAUUAUACUGAUCAGUCGGGGGGUUUUUGGGUGUGGAAGUGACAGUUCAGGCAUGCAUCGUCUAACAGCCUUGCAAGUAAGUCAUUAGGUUAUCUCUUGACUUUGCACUAUUUUCAUAUGCACAAUUCUCUUUCUAUUGUGAAUAUCAGGCACUAAAACAAUGGUGCGAUACCAUUACUGAAAUUUUGGUUAAGCUGGGUCACUGUGGCUUCUUUGAACUUGGCACCAUGUGACUAUUAUUUUAAUAAAGCAAUAUAAUUACGGGCCGUGGGAUGGGGGCAGGUAUAUGGUUGUCAAUGAAUUCAUGAGAAGUAAUUGUAAAUUGUAAUAUAUAUAUUAAACCAUGAUUUGAUAAUAUGCAACAAAGUGUAAAAGAAUCGCAGUACGUGUGUGUCUGUCAGGGAGUCCUGAAUUGAGUUGAUUGUCCCGGUGCUGUGUUUGGUGAGGAGAUGGAAUGACUUUGCCUAUUCUGCUAUGUUUUGCAGUGCGUUGUGGCAUACUCAGAUGGGGAUAUGGACGGUAAGCGAGCAGAGCUGUACUUUACAUGGUGUUGCACUGCAGCAGUCUUGUACCAGUAAUCCUUGGAACUCAUGUAGGUGUCCUCCUACCUGAGUUCUGACCUGUGCUGCAUCCAGUGGCAUGUCUUGAUGCCAUGUUUAGAGCAAAUCCGUCGGACUCUGCUCCAUUGUGUCCAUCCCCAAAAUACCUUUUCACUGUCAAAUGUUAAACAGCUCCACGUUCUGACAUUUGUCAAUGCACUUUAGUCUACUGCUGAAUCCUGGAUGCUAUACUCAACAAAUCAGCAUUGUUCUGGAGAUCUGUUCCAGUAUUUGGUUAAAACACAGGCCCAAAUCUAUCUUUGUGUUAAGUUGGAGGGAAGAGCUGACAAAAUAUUUCGUACUGUCAACAGUUUAUUGACGCAGCAGCAUAUGCAAAAAUUAAGGAAUAGAUCAAUCUGGUCUCUGACCUUUCUGCGCAACUCCUUUGGUAAUAUUCUGUGCAAAUGCUAUAAAUAAUUGAUCCUAGUUACCCCAAGAGUACCAUAGGCUCCAUAAUUAAUUAGUUGGAAAUGUACAGAUCAUCAUUAGUUUCUCGCAUUCCUGCCGGUUAAUCAAUCACCAUUAAACUUUGCCCUAGCUAAGUAAAAACAAAUUUGCUGAAAUGUUUGCACAUGUAGUUGGAGAUUAAAUACGGUUUAUAAUUCAUAGUGAAUGACAGCUCCUCUCCCCCUUCUCCCCACUCAGUGUAGCUGCAUUGCACUAAUGUAUUUAAUCAUUCCAGAUCUUGUCUAAUGCAUUAACUGCAGUGCCCAAAAGCAGUCACAAAAUCAAAUCCUGUUAAAAGACCGUUCAACGGCUUAAAAGCCAUGAGUCAUAUAAACCAGAAGAUCCUACAUUUGAAUGGAGUAAUUCCAAACAAAAUGGAACCACGGGAUCCCUUGAUGUUACUGAGGUUAGCUGGUGGAAAACUAAGUUGCUGUCUCAAUUACUAUCCAGUGACCACCAUGGUAAAGUGCAUAAGUUGAUUAUUGAAGAGCACAUUAGGCUACACUGUGGUGCCUUCUGUGGACAAAUAACCUAUCAAUACACUGUGUACCUAGGCAGGCACUUGAGGACGGUUGUCAAGGGAAGAGAGGUCAACUCAUGCUCAUGGAAUCACUACUUGGUGUCAAGCCUUAGGGAGAGAUGGGCAGAGAAUUAGGGAAGUGUUGGGUUGCAGGGGAGAGGAGAGAAAAUUCAGCAUCCAAAAUCAUUCACAGAUACUAAAUUGAAAGGGCUACAUAAACUCAGUUACAGUCUUAUCUCACAGUGCGUUGCUGACUGCUUGCUCUGAUGUGAAGUCCCAUUGCUAUAAUGCUGAUAUUCUGGAUGAUUUACUAAGAUAAGUGAACAGACAUAUUUUUGUACAAUAUUAUAUAGUACACAGUAAUUUUCUUGUAAUAUAAAAAUGGCUUAAAACAGAUUACUCAUUAUUUAAUGGAUGUGGAAAUAUUGUCAUAGAUCUACUUAAAGAAAUUAAAGACUUUUUCAAAGCAAAAAA